CACGUGACGACGACUUCCGGCAGCGCGGAGUUUGCCAGACGAGUGAGCUCAUGUUCCAAAGGUAAUGGUCACGUGGGCCUGCCGAUAAAAGCGCGGAUCAUGUGAGGAUGAUGAGGCAGGAAGGCCUUCAAAUUAAAAGCAUACGCGAUGACUAACGCGUGGGGGAGGGGCGCGCCCUUUAAGGGAGCGCGCAGCGGCGGCGCGGCGACACUUUCACUUUAGCCACGCGUCGUCCCGCGGAGGAACACGGCUCCACGCGACCGAGGCGGCGGAAGAAAGAGGCGCUUUUUGCGGGCCCGCGGAGUGAUGGCGUGACGGCGGCCCGGGCCGGAAAGUUCCAGAAGGGCAGGACGAGGCGGGAUGAGACGCCGCUGACCGCAACUUGGACUCGGACUGUUGGUGGAGCAGCUCGGAAAUGGAGAAGUGUCCCUUUUUGGAAAGAUAAAAGGAUGUCACGGCCAGUUUUGCUCUUGCUAUCACUGGUGACGGUCCAAUGUGGCGCAUGUGACCCCGACUGGGAGGCAGUGACCAACGUGAAGGCGACCAUCGACGCCAACCCCGCCGGCUUUCGCACAGUCUUUCCCAAGAACUACUACGUGUCACACCGCUACACCACCACCAUGCUCUGUGACAACGACCCGUGUUGUGUGUUUCCUGCUGCCAUCGUCCUCCUGGAGUCCUGGAACGUCCUCCUGAGCAACCUGUGGGACCAGCACCUGAACCGCUCCUUGGUCUUCGACCUCAAGCAAACACUGGAGAGAAUCAUCCGGAAGAACAAAAACACGGAGAGGUUCCAGGAGGAGAUGGACCCGGCCCGCUUCGCCCCGCUCUUCUCCUCCCCCGAGGAGCUCCUCAAGCUGACGUCGGCGCUCUUCCAGCGCUGGCUGGAGGUGGGCUGCUCGCCCUCCAUCCAGGUGUGCGACAUCCCCACGCCGCCGCCGCUGCGUCCCGCCAGGGUGCGUCUGCUGACCACGCGCGCCAUCAGCAGCCGCAUGGAGGCGGGCGAGCGGGCGCGCCUGAUGGACGUUACGCGGCUCCCUCCCUCUGCCCCUCCUCCGUCCGCCGCCGCCGCCCCGGGCCCCGCCUCCGCCUGGAGCCUCCUUCCGCUGGGACUGUACUGGUGCCUGUCGCCAUAGCAACGUGAAGGAUCUCCAUGCAAGACUUUUGCUGGCACUGAAAGAUUGUUGUUGAUAUGAAGAGACAUGCGCAGGUUGCAUUUUUCAUGCUCGCUAACACGCAUUAGCAUUAGCUCGCUAGCCGUCGUGCUAACAUUCCCUGGAAGAUGGACUUUUUUCUAUCUGCUGCGCUCCGUCUAGUGGGCGGAGUCAAAACUCUUCCCAUCCACGUCCAAACUGUGUCCACUGAAAUGAAAACACACAUUUUCAUAUUUUUCAUUUUCAAAACCAACACAAUAUAUCCUUUUUUUAAAUUGUUAUUAUCUUUAGGGCUCCCGCCAUGUUUGGUCCCGGGGACCCAAAAGGGGCCAAGAUAUAAAGAUGUUAAAAAUAAGUCAUUUUAUUUUUUUAUUCAGCGCUUAAAUCUGGAGAUCAACUUCCUGUUGAUUUCAUCGUUUACUUUUUGGUUUCUUUAAUGCCUUUUUUGUCAAAGAAAACUUUUUUUUUUUUUGGGCAAAAA